AAAGAGCGAAGAAAUAUAUAACUGAAAAAGGCAAGGGCGCCACGUUACUCAAAACGUAAAACGCGAGCGUUCACCUCAAAUCACUCACAAACUACUACUCCAAUAUUCGCCACAUCGUAAUUUGACCUCCAUCGAUCGAUAUACUCUCUUUCGAGUGGGAGAUCCCAAGGAAAGAGAGAGAGAAAUAAGUCUCAGAUUGCAACGAGAAAUACCAGAGAGAAAUGGGUUGCUCCUUCUCUGGAUUGAACGCCCUAUACGACGCCGUUAAUGGCGCCGGAGACGUCUGGAUCAACGAGAACCGUUUCAGGAUCGUGAGGCAGCUCGGCGAGGGCGGAUUCGCCUACGUCUACCUGGUGAAAGAGCUUCUCGCCGACCCUUCGAACUCUUCCAAUGGCAUCUCCGCCAAAAUCAAGGACUCGACUCACGUCGCCGGUGAUGGAACUUAUGCUAUGAAGAAAGUUCUCAUUCAAAAUAGUGAGCAGUUGGAGUUGGUGAGGGAGGAAAUUCGUGUUUCAUCUCAGUUUAGCCAUCCUAAUCUGCUUCCUCUUCUUGAUCAUGCAAUAAUUGCAGUCAAGCCUUCACAAGAUCAAUCCUGGAAGCAUGAAGCAUACUUAUUGUUUCCUGUCCAUUUGGACGGAACAUUGUUGGACAACGCCAAAGCUAUGAAGGCUAAGAAGGAGUUCUAUUCCACCUCAGAUGUGCUUCAAAUAUUUCGUCAGCUUUGUGCAGGGCUUAAACAUAUGCACACCUUUGACCCUCCAUAUGCACAUAACGAUGUCAAACCUGGGAAUGUCCUUGUGACAUACAGGAAAGGUCAGUCACCUUUAACUAUAUUGAUGGACUUUGGAAGUGCUCGUCCUGCAAGAAAGCAAAUCCGAUCACGUUCAGAAGCGUUACAGUUGCAGGAAUGGGCUUCUGAGCACUGCUCUGCUCCUUUCAGAGCUCCUGAAUUAUGGGAUUGUCCAAGCCAUGCAGACAUUGACGAGAGAACUGACAUCUGGUCGCUAGGCUGCACUUUGUAUGCAAUCAUGUACGGUGAGUCUCCUUUUGAGUACGCGCUCGGGGAAUCUGGGGGCAGCUUACAGCUGGCUAUUGUAAAUGCCCAAGUAAAGUGGCCAGCGGGGCCCAACCCUCCUUACCCGGAGGCCCUUCACCAGUUCGUGCAAUGGAUGCUUCAGCCCCAGGCUACCGAGGAUAUAAGUUAUAUGGAGUAUUUCUCUAAGUAUUAUAAUGUGCUGGGAGGAAAUUUUGGCGGUUUGCCUUUUUAUGCCACAAAAGACAUCACAAAACUUGCUCAUGUUUUAUCCACAACACCAACUAAAAUCCCAUCCGUAACCUCAACGUNAUACCCAAACCCAUCUUCCCCUUCUCCCAACAAAACUCCCAUUCCCAUUUCCCGACGAAAACUAAUCGCUUCGUCACCCUUACUUCCGCUCUCCAUCACCACCUCCAGUCCAUCGAGAGCCGAAACCAUCAAUCCCAAAAAUGCCCCUCCGCCUCCGACCAACUGUCCCAAUCCAACCAAUACAACACAAAAGGCAUUCCUCGACAUAUCCAUAGACGGCGAGCCUGUCGGCCGAAUCACCGUCGGGCUGUACGACGCCGCAGUCCCGUCAGGCGCCGCCAGGUUUGCCGAGCUCGUGAGCGGAGCCGCCGGGCUCAGCUACCGGAAAAAAGAGUUUGUGAAGAUAAUGCCUGGCUACGUGCAAAACGGAGGUCUCAUAUCAUACGAGGGGCGAAAAGGGAAAAUUUUGGCGCUUGUGCAGGAAUUCGAGAGACAGAGGGGCUUUUCUUCGUGCGGGAUCAAGAAUGUGGCCGGGAGUUUGAGCAUAAUCGUGCGGGACCCGGCGAAGCCGCCGCCGAAGCUGAAGGUGGUUGCGCGUAAAGGGAAGCUUGAAAUAGAUGAGGAGGAGAUGCGAAUGGACCCUAAUGGCACGGAGUUUGUGAUAGUCACUAAGGACUCGCUAGAGCUGGACGAGUCGGCUUUGGUUGUGGGGAGGGUUGUUGGAGGGAUGGAUGUUGUCGAUAGAAUUGCUCGGGUCAAGACAGUGCAAGACAACUCCAGCUCUCCAUAUUUUAGGGUGGCAAAGCUGAUUGGAGACAAGAGGGCUGUGGUGGCAGAGAGAGGCUUCAACAGACCUUAUUCAAAGGUUGUCGUCACCAAUUGCGGCCUUAUCAUGGGAUGACUGCUAAUUGACAAUAUUUUUGUUUCAGGCAAGUGGAUAAAAAGUUGAAGACUCUUAGAUAUUGCUCAAACAAGAGCUUCUCUUGUUAUCAAAGGACACAGGCAAAAUAAGUGGAAGAACUAUCAGAUUUCACAACUGACUAUGCAUUGAUAAAGACAUGGGGGAAACAAUGAUUCAGGAUUCAUGAUUCAAAUUACAUGUGCAAUUUCAUAAAUACUUAACAUUAGAAAAGAAGUGCAAUAAUGCUAUGAAAGAAUUACGGAGCUUAAAGAACACUGCAAAAGAAGAGCUAAUUCGUAAAAGUAUUGCUUGCCUUGUCUCUGUGUGGAAGUUGAUGGAAUAGAGAAAAGGAGACAUGCAUUACAUAAGGCACAGGCAAUUUUAUAUCUGUAUCAAUGUCUAUGUUAACUCAAACCCCUUCUAGCACAUUUCCAAGGGGCUUACCAUCUGAAAUGAUUGAUUAUGUUAUGUCUAAAUAGGAAAUCCUAUACUAAAUAUAGAAAUGUGAAUCCUGCACAUUAUAGAACCUUAACAAUGAAUAAGUUACCAAGAACCCCCUACAAGCAUUGAACAUAUAUGAAUGCUACUGCUAACAUUUCCUUUGUUGGCAUUUCCUUUUUAGACGGUCUAUUGAGCUACGAUCCAAGAAGAUGAAACAACAAUGUAUUACAGAACACAAGCCAAAAAUUGAAUUCAAUUAGAUGCAUACAAUCGCCUAAAAUGCAUUUUAAAUUCAACAAGCAUUGAGAAAAUACGUAUCCACAGACCAAUCAAAACUCGCGGGUUUAACAAUCUCCUCAACUUUCACAAAGCAAAUAGUGAUUGCAGCCAAUGUAUGAACUUGAAGUGAAAAAAUGGCAGCGGGUUCAAAGACCAGACACAAACAAACCUGUGGCUUGGCAAACCAAGUCAUCGACUUGGAAUGGAAGACCUCCUAAGAAAAUCAUCACGGCCCCACGGCCUGCAAUCCGGAGCUUGAGCCGCCAUGGCCGAAAUCCACAAUGGGCUACCUGACUCCACCCGUCUUUGAAGUCCAAUUGGAUACUAUGUAAUGACCGGA